AUGAAGCUCAACAUCAGUUUCCCGGCCAAUGGCACGCAGAAGCUCAUCGACAUUGAAGAUGAGAAGAAGUUGCGCGUMUUCAUGGACCGCCGCAUGGGUCACGAGGUUCCCGGCGACAGCGUUGGCGACGAGUUCAAGGGAUACAUCUUCAAGAUCACCGGCGGCAACGACAAGCAGGGUUUCCCAAUGAAGCAGGGUGUCAUGCACCCAACCCGUGUGCGCCUGCUCCUCGCGGACGGCCACUCGUGCUACCGUCCCCGCCGCACCGGGGAGCGCAAGCGCAAAUCGGUCCGUGGGUGCAUCGUCGCCAUGGACUUGUCCGUCCUUGCUCUGUCCAUCGUCAAGCAGGGCGAUGCCGAUAUCCCCGGCGUCACCGACACCGUCCACCCCAAGCGCCUGGGUCCCAAGCGUGCCUCCAAGAUCCGCCGUUUCUUCGGUCUCAGCAAGGAAGAUGACGUUCGCAAGUUCGUCAUUCGCCGUGAGGUCCAGCCCAAGGAGGGCAAGGAGGGCGCCAAGCCAUACACCAAGGCUCCUCGCAUCCAGCGCCUGGUCACUCCCCAGCGCCUCCAGCACAAGCGCCACCGCAUCGCACUCAAGCGCCGCCAGGCCGAGAAGGCCAAGGACGCUGCCAACGAGUACGCUCAGAUCCUUCACAAGCGCGUCAACGAGGAGAAGUCCAAGCAGGCCGAGCUCCGCAAGAGACGUGCGUCCAGCAUGCGCAAGUAG